GUGUCGUUGCUCUGACCGUCGAGCGAUCGGUUGAUCCUUGGAUAAUAGGCGGGAUUAAUUGAUAAUCUGAUAUCAUUCCUCCCUCAAAUUCCCUCUGGUUGGUUAGUGAUAAGACCCGCGGAUUCUGGAAAAAGGCUAUGCGUCUAGUGACGCAAUCAGACACACAGAGAGACGUACUGUGGCGCUCCGGUCCGGUGUGAUUUUUGUGGCUUCGAGACAUUUGCUACUGCUGUUGUUGGUGGCCUAUCUCGGUACAGCUUUUGACAGCUAUCGCCAGAACGAUGUUGGAAGUGGCCACUAGUCCCUUAGUGUGAACACCCAUUUGGCUCGUCGAAGCUCGUGCUUCCCGUGUGUUUCGAUGCCAUUGUUCUUGUCAAUGGAGGGCUUUUAAAAUGGAGCGAUUGUGGUGGCGGUGUUGCUGAGUGCGGAUGCACUUGUGUGACUGUGCGUCUCUCUUUUCUCUCUCUGGGGUGGUGGUGGUGGUGGUGGCGACGAUAUUCGGCGUGCCAUGAUGGAUCCCUCCCGGAUGCCCGCCUUGACGCCGUCAUUCGUUAAUCGGAAAGGCAAAGCGAAAGGUGUCCUGUCCAAAGAACCCAAGAAUGGAUCGACAGAGAAUGGUUUAGCAAAUUCUCCUCCCAAUGUACAAAAGAGAGAUGAAGUUGGGCGUAUGUCAGCACGAGCUUUGCCUCCUGGAGCAGCUCAGAUGGGAGGACGUAGAUGUCGUGUAGUCUUCAGCUAUGCCCCACAGCAUGACGAUGAGCUGGCGCUAUGUGUGGGUCAGACAAUCACCAUCCUCCAAGAAGUGGAGGAAGGGUGGUGGAAGGGCGUGUUAGACGGACAGGUUGGUAUGUUUCCAUCAAAUUUUGUAGAAAAUCUAGAAGAAGAUGACAUCAGCACCAAGUCUGCAGAGUCAAAUUUAGAAAACAUUAACAACCAGUUGAAUGUUAACAACGACCAAAAAGAGAUAAAGCCUAAGCCAAUUCAAGGUUUAGGCUAUGGUGUUAAGUUAACAGACUUGAAGAAGGACAUAAGCAAUAGAAAGGAAUCUGAUACCACAUCUAGUAAUGGAUCAGCCAAAAUAUUAGGGUCUUCUGGGUCAUCAGCUUUCCAACCAGUGCAUAGAAAUAGAGAUGCGCCAAAAGAGAAUGGUCAAGUAAAGGACUUCCGAGAUUUACCGCACAGACUUCCUCCAGCUCUGGAGCCCAAGGCUGAAAAAGUUACCAGUAAAACAGAUAAAACCCGUAUCAAUGCAGCUGAUAAGGAGCGCAUCAGUUCCUUGGAAAAGGACCGAAUAACCAUUACUAUAGGAGAUGAAAAGUCGAAGGGUGAACAAGUCUGUAAAAGAGAUUAUCCUCCCACAACCCAGAAUGACACUUCACAACCUCCUCCUCCGCAAUUACCUCCAAAACCUGUUUCCAGUGGUAAAGUGAGAGAGCUUGCAAGAGUCAUGUUCCCAUAUGGUGCAGAACAUGAAGAUGAGCUUGAGUUGAAAGAAGGUGAUGUCAUCACUGUUCUAUGUAAAGAACUUGAAGACAAGGGAUGGUGGCGAGGUGAACUUAACGGCCGUGUUGGAGUCUUUCCAGACAACUUUGUAGAACUCAUAAGUGUGGAAGAGACGGCAAAACCUCCCCGUCCUGAGAAGCCAGCAGCCGUACUGAAAAAAGGGUCAUCUCCAACAAGUUCUGCAGACAGUACUCCAACUAGCACAUUAAGUAAAGCAGAUAAGGAACCACCACCCCCACUGCCAGAGAAGAAAGUGCAGGCUCCACCCCCUCCAGAAAAGAAGGUUUCUGUAACAGGGUCAUUAAUAGCAGAUGCUAAUGACGGCAACUCCUCAUCUAAGGAUCAGAGCGACCCAGCCAUGAAUAAACUACAAAGAUCAAGCUCUUCGCUUAAAGAAGAACAAAGUUUGUCUUUAGACGUGGAAGGGGAACGUCUUACACAUGUCACACAAAAUCGUCCAAAAGGUCCAUCCAAGAGAAGACCACCUUCUGGCUUAUUUAAAGAAAAUAUGAAAAACCAAAACAGCGCCGAUUCUGACACCCUGCCCCCUACACCUGAGGAUGACCUAGACGAUGUUGAUACCGGUAGUCAACCAAAUGGACACAGUCAUGCAGCUGAUAUUCCUCGAAGCCCCAGUGUUCCCUCUUUAGCAGUACAAACCUCCACAAAACCACCUGCCCCUCUUUUGUCUCCUACAAGUGGAAAACCAACUGUGGAACUGAGAAGUAGACAUGAAGCCAGCAAAGAUGUUCCAUGGUUACAAGAAUUAAGAUUGAAUCAGAAGAAGAAAAUAUCGGGUGUUUUCAAUGCAGCAGAUGAAGUUAUGUCAACCUCAGGGCCUUCUGUUUCUUCAAAGCCUGCUGUACCACCACAAAAAUCAGAUGACAAACCAAAUGCAAAGCCUCUCAAACCAGUUCCAUCAAAACUUGAUGGAAGUGUUUCAGAUGUAAAGCCAAAAGUUAGUGAGCCAUAUAUCCCUAGUCCAGAUUAUGAUUCCAAAACAUCAUCAUUGGUGCAGUCAAAUUUAACGAAAACCAAGCCUCUUCCUCGUACUCCUUGUGAGCCUAAUAAGUUAGGAAAUGGAGCCGAAUCAUCCCCUCCUGUUACCGAACUCAGAAAAUUCCCUUCGAAUAUGGAUUCUAAAAAACUCGCUGCCAAUAACGACUCAAAGAAAGCUGGUGCCUCACCAGAGGUUAAGGAAAAUAAAAGCCCUAUUGGGUCACUGAAGGACUCGAGAGACAAUAAUAGUAGUCAACUAGAAGAAAAAGUUAAUGCCAUUUAUAAGGAGCUCUUACCAAAGAUGAAAUUACUUGAAGAGAAAUUAGAAGAGAAUCGAAAGUAUCAUAGUCAUUGCAUCCAGAUGCUCAUGACAGAGUUAGAUGAAGAGCGUAAGAAACGGGCUUGUAUGGAAGUUGAAAUAGAGCGAUUGAAGAAACUUAUAAAUCCCUACUCACAAGUGUAGGAAAAAUAAAAUUGAUGUUACAGGAUUAAAAUUAUACCUUCAUGAUAAACUAUGGAAGUAGCAUGUGCUUUGACUUUUCUAUUCGUUAGAAAGCUCUUGGUUUGACCAAAUUUUAGUUAUGCUGAAUUGGAAAAUGUGUUUCCAGUUAGAUUUAUGGGAAUACUGGAAUGAUAAACAUUUUUCAAAUAGGAAAAGUCAUGCUGGUAAGAAAUGUAUUAACUAGAAAUUUCAUUGGAUUUUUUUCUGUUGAUGGCUUAUACAGCAGGGUAUAUAUUAGCAGAAUGAUUACUGUAAAUGUGAAAUCCAUACACGAAUACACACAGCAAGUCAUGUUAUCCCUUCAGUUUUGCAAACUUCUACAUGUACUGUCUGUGUGUCUUGCACUAAGUAGUAUUCAAGUAUAUUUAUAACAUCAGUAGUACAUGCAACUUGGGAUUUCGUUUUUCGGUAUACUGUAUGAAAAUGAUUCUAAUGUGUAAUUGGACAAAAAUCCAAGUAUUAUGAUGUCAUUUUGUUUGCGGUACUUCUUAAGGGUCUUGAGUGGCAAAAUUCUUCCUUUAGGAAUUUUAAACCUAAUUCAUUUGCAUUUGAAUUCAAGGAAUAUUUUAUACCAUACUGCAUUUUAAUAGUUCUGUAGUAUGUAUUUAAUUUUUUAAUACAGUUAUCUAAGCAGUAAGUGAUUAAUUAUUAUAAGCUUUGUUAUUUAUUUGCAAUUUAGAUACGUAUACAGUACACCAAAAUAUAUUCAUUCCAUAGUUUUCUGUACAAGUGUAAUCUUUAGUUUGGGAACUCAUAUAUUUACCAAUAGUCAUUCACGUGCCUGUAGGAAUCAGUUUUGCACCUGCAAAUUAACAUAACCAGACAAUUUACAUAAUGUUACAGUUAAUAUUCUUAAUGUCAUAAAAUCAUGUCAUUAACAUUACAUAUCUAUAUUUUCUCGAGCGUGAAGUGAUUUUGUAAUUAGCAUUGAAUGGAGCUAAAAUGUAGGUGCUUAUGCAAGAGAAAUUAUUGCACAGUAUUGAUAAAGUGGCUUUUUAAAGCAAAUGUUAAGCUAGACUUGCUGGAAGGAAAGAAAGUCAUAUGUCAUGACAUAUUUUGCAGGGAUUUGUGCCAUGGUAGUUUAAAUCUUAUGGUUCUUCCAUUUGCACUGAGGAAGUUAUUCAUGGAAAAGUUUGGAGUCCUUCCAUGACUGAGUAAAAGGGUGGUUUUCAUAAUUAUGAUUAGUAUACUAUAAUAAGAUUCAUAAGUAUUUAACUAAUAUACUAGUGUUGUAUUUUAGUUGCAUAUGCCUAUACAAGUUAGAAAUGACUGAUAAUACUGUACAGAUUUGCAAAACCUCAACCUAGUAUUUAUGUAAAGUGGAUUACAAUACCGUUUUAAACACUUCCAUUCUAUUGAAACUGCUGUACUUGUCUUGUAAUGUCUUAAGUUUUAAAUGAAAUCUUCAUACAAUAUUUUUCUAGUACAUGUUUAAUAUAUCAAAAAGUUUUAAGAUGUUAAUGGUAGUAAGCAGUAGUGAGUUAUUGUAGGGAGCUUUAUACAUUCACUCAAAGGAAAUCCUUUGAAUUGAGAUGUUAGUGCUUGCAGAUAUGCAGGAGAUUUCUUAGAGCUAUUUUGUUUUUCCGUCUUAGAAAUUAUAAUGAAAAGUUUUCCAGAAGCUUUUAAGUAUUCAUUUUUUGUGUACAUAAUCUACUAAGCUUUUACCUUAAAGUUUAAAAUAGAAAAGGCUUUUCAUUGGCAAUUCUGUUCAUCAGCUUUACUGAAUUUGUUAUUGUAUGGUUAGUUUUAUAGUUUUGUAAAUGUUUCUAGAUUCACAGUAUAUCUGAAUAACCUGUAUUAUCUUCAUAAAAUUGAGAAAUGAGAGUAGUCAUUCCAUUGUUUCUAGUACUUUGGUGAAGUAUUGGUGAGUGCCAUCUUCAAGGAUAAAAAGUUCUUUGGAGUAGUAAGACAGAAUAGUAGCAUCUACGUAGUUCACUGUAGUUUUUUAAUAUAGAAACCACAUGAACAAUUAUUUUGUUAGAAAUGUUUGAAAAACAGCUCAAUUUGUAUUUUAAAAUAAUGCUAUUUAGAGCUGUUGCAGAUUUAAAUGAGUAUAGGCAUGCCUCUAAUGAAGGACAAAGUAAAACCUUUACAUUACCCAAGUAUCUGAAACUUUGACUUGGCUUCCUGCAUUUUGACCCAGAAACAACUUUUGGCAGUGCAAAGAGUUUUCCACCUAUUGCAGCAACUGGUUGUGGACCAGCAGGUCAGUGUUAAUAUACUGUGUCAUGUUACCUUUUCCCCCUCUUUAUGUAGGACGUUCCUUUAAACUUGAGUACUUAAUAACAGUUGACAUAAUGGUAUUUUUGCUGUACAGGUGGCAGUCUUAUGUUUAGUGUACAGUACUAUCUUUUAGUUAAUACCAUGAUGUGCUGUUCCCUAUCAUGUACAUUAUUUCUCAUCUAUAUUUUGUUUUCCUGUCAUUUCAGAUACUUUAUUGUUAGGGUAUUUAUGUGUAUCUAACUCAGAUGAUGUAUAGUUUCUUUCCUCAAAAUCAAGUUGGACCUAUUUUUGUGCAAGAUAUUCAAUGGAAUUCCAUUUAAGAAGUAAUUGCUCAUUUAGGACCAAAACACACAUUCCAUACAUAGGUUUCCCAUCUGAACUUUGCUUGAAUAUUUUUUUUAUCAACUUACCACAGCCUAAUCAAAAGUUUUAUGCAGAUUUGUAGUACUGAAUUUAACAGCAUAGUAUCUGUAAUUUGCAGAUUACUGCGUAAUUUUUUCCAUAAAGUGCAUUUCUUGCACCUCAUUCUAGGCAAAUUGGUUCAUUUGAAGUAUUGUUAGCAUUUGUUGAAGUUCAACAAAAGUUAGAGCAUCAUGUGCGGUGUACUUAACUUACAUUUUAACCUAAGCAAAGGAAUGAUAACAUAUUUUGAUCUCUUGCUUUAUUAUUGGUUGGCAGUUCAAACAUUCAUAAUUCAUCAGAUUGGCAUAAACUAUUGUACAUAUAGAAUAGUAAAAUUUAUAGAUAUUCUAGUCAUAAGAUUUUUCAUAAUGGAAACAAUUGGACCAAAUCUUUAUUACUUUGUUAUUUGUUUGGUUACUAUUUUUCUCUGGUUGUAAGAUUAUUAUAUAUUGACAUUAAUCUGCUAAAUUUCUAAUUAUUUACUGUAGGUUGUGUUGCCAAGUGCUUCUAUGUGUUUGUCAACUAAUCAUUUGAUGUUCUACAUCAUAUAAAUUUCCUUAUAUUUUUUAUUACCCUUGGUAUUUGAUUGUAUUAUUCUAUUCUGCACAAUCACUUGUAAUUUUAUUUAACACUAGUCAGUGUGUAAAUAAAGAAGCCUGUUUA